GCAAUAUCAAUUGGGGAUGCAGAGUUAACAAUUCUCAAUAUGCUAGUUUGUAAACAGGGCAAUAAUCAGGCAUUGUCUCUUUACUUCUUCAAUCCUCGAAGCUUUUAGAAUUUCUCAGAGUAAGCUUUUAGGGUUUUGGAGAGUUAGCUUUUAGGGUUUAGCUCUCGCACACGAGGGCGCUGUUGUCGCUGCCCGUCGGGUGAGCUCGAGCUCGUUGUCGACGAGCGUGCUUGCUUGCUUGCUCUCCUGCAACCAGCUAUCGCCAUGGCGCAAUACGACCUCACAGCCGCUGUGGCGCCAUUCUUGGACCGGCACCUCGUGUUCCCUUUGCUGGAAUUUCUUCAGGAAAAUCAGUUAUACAGCGAUGACCAAAUCCUGAAGGCCAAAAUCGAGCUGCUGGCGAAGACCAACAUGGUCGACUACGCUAUGGAUAUCCACAAGAGCCUCUACCACACCGAAGACGUCCCACAAGAUAUGGUGGACAGGAGAGCAGAGGUUGUUGGUCGGCUGAAGGUGCUGGAAGAAUCAGCGGCGCCUCUAAUCAGCUUCUUACAGAACCCAGCUCUUGUUCAAGAGCUGCGAUCUGAUCAGCAGUACAAUUUGCAGAUGUUACAGGAACGGUACCAGAUCGGUUCUGAUCAAAUUGAGGCUCUUUACCAGUAUGCGAAGUUCCAGUUUGAGUGUGGAAACUAUUCAGGUGCCUCUGACUACCUCUAUCAGUAUCGCACACUUUGCACCAACAGCGAACGCAGCAUUAGUGCCCUCUGGGGUAAGCUUGCUUGUGAGAUAUUGAUGCAAAAUUGGGACGUGGCAACGGAGGAGGUGAAUCGGUUGAAGGAGACCAUUGACUCCAAGAGUUUUGCUUCCCCGCUCAGUCAGUUGCAACAACGGACUUGGUUAAUGCACUGGAGUCUUUUUAUCUUCUUCAAUCAUGACAACGGAAAGAAUGGUAUCAUUGAUCUUUUCUUUUCUGAAAGAUACUUGAACGCUAUCCAGACAAAUGCGCAUCAUUUGUUGCGCUACUUGGUUACAGCUGUAAUAGUUAACAAAAGGAGGAGGAACGUUAUCAAGGAGUUGAUCAAGGUUAUCCAACAGGAGCGCUAUACUUACAGCGACCCCGUAACGGAAUUUCUGGAAUGCUUGUACGUAAAUUAUGACUUUGAAGGAGCACAGCAGAAGCUUCGUGAAUGUGAAGAGGUUAUUGUGAGCGACUUUUUCUUGGGCAAACAAUUAUCGGAGAAUGGCUUUGUAACCAUUCCAUUGCGGGACGAAUUCAUGGAAAAUGCCCGCCUUUUCAUUUUUGAGACAUACUGUCGCAUCCACCAGUGCAUUGACAUAGGAAUGCUCUCUCAAAAAUUGAAUAUGAACUAUGAUGAUGCCGCAAGAUGGAUUGCGAAUCUUAUUCGCAAUGCUCGGUUGGAUGCCAAGAUCGAUUCGAAGAUGGGCACUGUUGUUAUGGGCACUCAAUCUCCGAAUAUAUACGAACAAAUCAUUGAGAAGACGAAGGUUCUUGGCCAGCGAAGUUAUGCUCUCACCAGUAAUUUGAUCCUGACAUCUGCGGCUGUUACGGCUUCGGCUGCUCAGUAACUAAGUCAGCUUAACGACUUAAGGCGAGCCAGAGAGGAGUGCUGCUCGGAUUUUCGUAGGCUUAAUUCUACCGGUGAAUCUACAAAUAGUCAUGGUACUGUGCAAAAAUUGCAUUCAUAAGGUUUGAAAUACAAUGAACGAUACUACAUGAUGUACAGAUGUAUUUUAAGAUGAUAUUCUCAAAUGUGGACAUUUAUCUAACAUCAACACAGUUAGAAAUGCGGAUAUUCUAUGUAUCUAUCAAUUUGAAAAAAAUCAUAAACGAUACGCGCAGUUGAGAAA